UAUGCAAUGAAAUUGUAUCUCAAAAUGAUUUUGUUCUUUGUGUGUCUCACGAUCUUAAUCUGUCUCUCUUCUUCUCAGAGCGAUCAAAUAAAAGAAGAGUUAAAAAAAUCAUGGGAAAAAAAUUGUACCACUCCUUGUGUUUAUAUAGAGACAACGACCGAUGGCGAUCAAAUGAAUAACAAUUCUGAAAGGCCUCGUGUGUCACUAUGCUGUCGCGUUGGCACUUUCCUUACAAAAACACAUGGUUGCAUGGAAAUUACAACAAACAAGACAGAGGAGAUGGUGCAACUGCCUGUAGUUUAUGACAUCAAUCUUAUCCCGGAAAAUAUUAGCAUGAGCGACAAGUACUUUAACUUUGUGAUAUGGAAUCCCUGCGCUGGCGGACAUCGGUAUUUUUUGGAUUCGCACACUUACGAGAACGACAAGUGGUAUCUCAUGUCGAAUGGCUCUAUAUGGCGACCUAAAAGCUUGGAGAAACCUAUUCUCGACUAUCGUCAAUAUUGCUUAGCCCGAAUAAACAGCACCGAGUAUCGGGAGUACUUGGCGUUCGUCUGCAUGUUCAAGAAUAAUAAUAAUAAUAAUAAUGGUAACAAAAAAGUGAUGAUCUUUUUCUACGGCGGAAUGCUUGUGUCUGCGCUGUUUCUGAUUGCCACAUACGUCGUCUACUGGUUACUGCCUGAGCUGAGAAAUUUGCACGGUUUAACAUUGCGCGGAUACAUCGGUUGUUUGGCAACAGCUUAUAGCACAUUGGGAAUGCAAGUGCUAAUAUUGCAUCGUAUUGAAUCCAGCAUCUGCAUCGUACUCGCCUUCAUUAGAUAUUUCUCAUUUUUGGCGAGCUUCUUCUGGCUAAAUGUGAUGUGCUUUGACAUUUGGUGGACAUUUAGAGAAUUCCGCUCGUCACAAGGAAACGUGAAACAACGAGAAAGAAAGAAAUUCAUAAUAUAUUCGAUCUACGCAUGGGGAAGCGCAUCUAUCCUUACUAUUAUUUGUGGUAUCAUGGAUUUUGUUCCCAGCGUGCCGAGAAAUCUUAUCCGACCGGAAUUAGGCGUCAGAAGUUGUUGGUUAUCUACAAAACCAGCGAAAACAUUAUACUUUUACGGACCUAUGGGUAUUACUGUUAUUUGCAACAUUUGUUUAUUUAUCUCUACAGCAUUGAAAAUCGUGGACCACAGAAAAAACACAGCUCAUCAUCUGAGAGGUUUGGAAAAUCGGCGUCAUAAAGAAAAUAAGCAAUGGUUCAAUUUGUAUUUAAAAUUGUUUAUCGUAAUGGGUAUAAGUUGGUCUAUGGAAAUAGUGUCAUGGCUGGUCGACAGUGUGCCGCAGUACGUCUGGUAUCUUACUGAUUUGAUAAAUGUCCUGCAAGGUCUCAUAAUUUUUAUAAUUUUUGUGUGGAAGAAAAAAAUUAAGCGAUUGUUGCUGAAGCGAUUUGGUUGCCAAAAACUAGAAACUUCCAAGACACUUGAUGUGCACAAUAAUUACUAAAGCUUAUAUAUAUUAGUACCACUAAUGCUAAGUAAUGAUGAUCCUACAAGAAAAAAUCAAUCCUUUUGUAUAAUAAUA